CUCUAUUCCUAAUGAAGCAGUUAGUAGUUUCCGCCGGUCAAUUUUUGUCCCAUCACUUUCGUCCAGAUUUUUUUCGUCGGUUAACCUUCGCCCACCUCCCACCACCCGGUGCAAAACAAAAAAAAAACAUACGCCACCAUCCGUCUCUCGAUCCACCCGAUGCGGCCGCCCUAUCUCCCUCGUCUAGCGAUGCAACGCCGCCCCUAUCUCCCCGCUCCGCCGCCGCCGCCCCCCGCCUUCCACUAUCACCCGCUCAGCCACCUCCACCCUCCUCUACAUCGCCGGAGGAACGGGCACACCUGGCGCGCCGCCUCGAGGCCGCGCUCGAGCAGGUGAGGAGGGAGUCGGUGCGGCAGGGCGCGGCCCUGGACGAGCUGAGGCGGCGGGCGCGCGCGGACGAGCUCCUCGUCGCCAGGCGGAGGGCCACCGAGGGCGUCGAGCGCCGCAAGGAGCAGAUGCAGGCGCAGAUCGAGCGGGUGCUGCCGCUCUCCAGGGCCCUCGCCGCCGCGCACCGGCAAGUGCAGGUACCUGCCUGCCCGCCCGUUUCUUCCUCUCAACGCGAGACUGGAAUGCUUUGGCUAUUGUGGCUGCCUGCGUUUGGUCCAAUAGCAUCUGUCAAUAGCAAGGGGUCUGGAAGUGCAUGCCGCAGUAUAUACGGUGGAUUUGUGAAAUGGUGUAUGGGAAAAAAUGAUGAUGGAAGUGACAGUAUGGCAGUACAGCUUGUUGACGAAUCGCAUUGGGAUGAUCUUGUUAUAAUCAUAGCAGUGGUCAGUUCAAAGCAGAAGGAAACCAGUAGCACCAGUGGGAUGCGGGACACUAUUGAAACAAGCCCCCUCUUGCAGUACAGGGCCCAGACUGUAGUGCCAAGUCGCAUAUUGAAAAUGGAGGAGGCCAUCAAGAAUUGUGAUUCUGAAUCCUUUGCUAGGUUAACUUGUGCAGAUAGCAACCAGUUUCAUGUUGUAUGUUUGGACACGAGUCCUCCCAUGUUCUACAUGAAUGAUACGCCACACAGGAUAAUUAGCCUUGUGGAGAAGUGGAACCACUCGGAAGAAACCCCACAUGUGAAAUGUGGAGUAAGAGGAGACACCAGACCAAGAUGCAAUGAAUAUUUUGCUUCGUGGUGAUUGGGCAGAUGACUAUCAACACCAACUGCAGCAUCGUCCAUCUUGCGAGCAUACUACCAAGCUGCGCAGGGUUAAGGAGGAUUUCACCAAGAAAUAAAAACGGAGAAGAGGCCAUAAGUGCUACUACCAAUAGCCUCAAACAAGAAAAUGGAUACUUUCCGUGAUAUCUGUGCAAUAUUUCAAAAGUUUUAGCAAGUGUCUAAUCAUAUAACGUGAAUAACAAAUUACUAUUAGUAUGAGCAGUGUGCAUGGUUCAGAAAAGAGUAAACAAUGUGAGUUACUAUUCUAUACAGUGGAUAUCUUCUUUUUCCAGGCCUAAGCUUAAAGAACAAGUGAGGUAUUGUGACCAACACCCUGAGGAGAUUGACACACUUGUAGAAGUGAAGGCUCAGUUUUCAGAGGCGAAGAAAUGCCACAAAACUUCAAGAAGGCCUUGUCGUUGCAGGUCACGUGAACUCGAUCGGGAUGUUCUGGGGGAAACCCUAGAUCUGGGUCUACCGGAUCGGACAAUGACGGCGCCUUCGGUGUCGUUCUCCCUCCUGGGAGCAUUGCUUUGGAUCAAGUGUUGGCUAGAGGGGACAAGAGGGGGAACAGUGUUACAUCUACUGCAAGGCGCCACGGAGUUCCGACGACGGGCGCGUGUGGAUGGAUAUGUGCAGGAUGGUGGCGUUGUCUAACGCCAUGGUGGCAUUGACGAUAGGCCUGGCAAGGUCAGCGGCGUCAGGUCUGGAGAUGCGGAUGCCCCUACAUAGCGUGGCGCCAGUGGCACGUCGGGGAUCCUUCAUCACCCAAGGAACAAACGCAAUCGGCACUACUACAUUACUGCAGUCUGCACAUGCUGUGUUGAGGGGAUUGGAGGAAUUGGUAGCACGCCAUAAAAUUUUGCUUACCUUCUCUAAAAUCAUGCUUGUUUCAUUCAUUGCUUCACAUCACCAAGUUAUUGGUGCGAUUGAGUCCAAGCUUGUUUGCACUACUGGAUGCCGCUCCAUUUAACUCCAUGUGCUGUUUGAUUUUAUAGGGGUAGAGAGUUUGUGCGAAAGUGCAGGGGUGCCGGUGGUACAGGUUGAAUUGAACCCAUGGAAGAUUUCAACUCAUAAUCUUUGCUGUCAAUCGUACACAAAAGUUCCUAAUUUUUUUAACCUGUCUUGGAAGUAAAUUGCCAUUUCUUUUUUAGAUUGACUCAUGGUAAUACUAGCAUGUACACACAUGGAUGCACGUCUGAACAUUUUGAUGUGAUUUUGUAGAUAAGAAAUUACAAAGAUAUAAACGAACCAACCUUCUUUGUAAUUAUGUAUUUUACUCCUUAUAAUUGCCAGCAAGGACUAGCUAUUUUAUCA